UGCACUGCAAGUUCCGAGACGGAUGAAUAGACACGGGUCUAGCGAAUCCAGAGCUUGGAUAUACUCGGGGUCGAGUCAGUUGUGUACCCUUGCGUAACCGUUCUAGCCGUUACUUGCAUUCGGGUUGACAACGAUAGCUACCUAGGUAACAACCUGCGUGCAAAUAUCAUCAGUGACAAUCUACUGCAAUCAGCGACCAGCGCGGACGGGUGGACUUCCUUCUUUUGCGACAGGUAUGAUGGACAAUGUGCCUAGUUUCUGAUAGAACUCUUAUCCUUUCAAAUAACCUCAAAUUCACAGCAAUGCAAUCCGUGGCAAGCCCACGACUGCACCAGCAAGUAUCGAUGCAAGUCGCCCUUAGUUUCCAAGACAUUGAAAUUAGCUCCAUCUUCGAGGACAUACCGACCUUAUCAUCAGCCUUCUUGCGUGAUCCAUCUGACCGCGAGCCCUGAGCACACAACGGUACAACAAAAUUCACCUGACACAUGACUUCAAUUCUGUGACGUGCCUCGUUGAAUGUGUGCAUUAUCCGAGGGAAUCUCUGGCUUCUUGGACGGCUGAUCCUCAUGCAUGCCUUCGGCAUCGCUUUCUUCGGCCAGAUCAAGGGUUUGCUCGAUCAGGGCCAGGUCCGCGUCAAGAUCUGCCAACAGAGGGUCCACUUCACCAAAGUCUUGCACCUCCUUCCUGGUUUUGUCGAGUAGUUUCUGCAUGGCGUCGUUCUCUGCCGCCAGCGCCUUGGUGUCCUUCCGCAGCUGGUCCUCCUGUCUCGUCAGUGCUUCGGCAUUCGAGUGCAUGAUUUUUGCCCGAGACUGGAGUUCAGUAUCAAUGCUUGCGCCGACGGAGUUGAGCGCCGCCUUGAAUGCAUCCUUGGCUUCGGCAGUUCGCAGCGCUGGCGACACAGCAGCACUCUGGGGUGCUGGCGAUGUCUGUGACGCUGCCGACAUGUUGACUACAACACUGAGUCAGAUCUCGCAUCCCACGCUGAUUACGAAACUGGUAGACCUGCUUUCUCCUUGCAGAAUCACACAAGAGUCUCAGAUUGUUUUUUCGACCGCAGCGAAAACAGGAACCAGCAACCAAUGCACUACUAGUAGUAUUUGGAGGAUGAAGUGGUAAUGAAGCGUAGGUGUCCAGGUGGCCCCGGCAAUUCGACGAAUUUAUAUUUGAUCUUGGCGUGCAUGAAUCCCGAUGCAGCUGCCAAUCGCCAGAGGACGAUUAAGAUAAGGGGGUAGUUCUCCAGGCAGUCUACCAGAAUCUAUACGUUGAACGCCGGAAUACGGAGCAUUUAACAAUGGUGUGUCGACCGUGGCUCGCAGCCGCCAUAUGCAGCAAGAGAAUGGCUUCUCCAGGCUGGCAAGUCUAACGCGUGGGUACUUCAUGGAGACCGCACCCAGUCGUACGUGUACUGGGCUCAUCAUCUCCAGCUGGCUCAGUAUAGUAUAUCCGACAGAAGCAUUUGCGUCCUCCCGUCGCGAACGACGUCAUCAUUAUAUCGUCCAAGGCAGACCAAGCCGGUGCAUUUCAACCGCCAGCUGAAAUAUAUAGUCCAGGCUUUCACACUGGGUUUUGGCUUUGGCGACUGCAUCACCCCAAACAUAACUAAAAUUCGUCAGUCUUCAAGAAUCACACAGACAGCAAAUGCACUCACAUCCCGUGUCGUCGGACUAGCACAGCAUAGGUAUCCGGAUACUGUUCCAUAGCCUUCUCCAAGUACUCGGUCAAAUCCUCCUCGAACGGCGUAUUCUCAAUAAUGGGCACCCGCAACGUGUCAUGAAAGCCGAGCAUUCCCUUUCCCGGGCCUUUUGGAAUCCCCUUGAUCUGCUCGAUGUUGCUGAUCUCGAAGCAAGCGUCCUUGCCAUGCAUCUUCUCGACCAGAAGAGUAACAAGAACACACCAUUGGGAGUGGGUAUGAAUACAGCAGCCCGCACCUCGGUCGAAAGCCGCGAGGAAGAGUGGCGUACAAGCGGACGGCUUCAGCUCAUAGGGCUUCCGGAUAUACUGCCGUGCAGACGGGGGAUAUUUUGGCGUCGGGUAAGAAAGGACGAACAUGUCGUCCGGCUUGAUAAGCUCUUUCUGCACACCCGAGGGGGCAAUGUAGACAUGUUGAUCUUUUCGGAUACUAGUGCCACCACCGGUUCCAGUGACCCAUCCUUGCAUGGAGUUAGUUCCAAGGCAUCCCGUUGCAAUCUACCCCCUUACCAAGGC